AUGUGUAAAGACUCUAUAUGUGAGACACUACGGAUCUGCGUCGAAGAUCCGAGGCGCAAUGAAGAAAACCCGACAAAGCGUAAAAAGCCGACGAAAGAAGAGGAGGCGUUUCCAUUUGAAUUGAGACCGCUCGAGGUUGGAGACAGUCUCAGCGUUGUGGAAGAACUCCCGAAGAUAAGGAAGAAGAUCAAGAAAUGGGACGAACGCUGCCAAUCAGUGAGGGCAAUGGCCGAGGCAAGAAGGAAACAACGACGCAACUCUAUUGGCGACCCCCGAAGCCUAGCAGAAAUCGAGAAAGCUGCCGGUCCUUUAACAGAUAGGCUAGCAUGGAAACAUGUUACCAGCAACAUAUUGUGGAAAGAGACGGAAGAUUAUGACCUUAACAUGGAUUGGGAAGUCCCAUUUGUUCAACGCGGCGCCCCGUUUGCGAAUGGCGACCUGAAGAGACAGGCAACCGAAGCAUUGGCUCUGGAUGAAACAUCGGAAAGCGUCAGAAGGCUCGAUAGUGCAUCGCAGAUUCCACAGACAUGA